AUGAUGUUGAUGAUUAGGAUAUUGUUCAUUAUCGCCAACAUGGUAGUUAGUACUUUUGCAUGGUAUUCUAACUCUAGUAUAGACGAGACAAUAACGUCUUCGAUUUUGAACCAUUCUAAUUACUCAAUUUCCAACUAUUACACGUCUAAUGCGGCUAUCCAAACAAUAUCUACGGUCCCUCUUAGUACCAAACACCACAUUAAUCAGACCAGUACCACCUCAACUGUAACUGCGUCUAGUACAACCCAUUUUGUUAAUAGUACAACCGCCCACCUAACACACAAAACUGAUACUAGCGUUAUAAGUGGUGACACUACCAUCAUAUUUACAUCAUGGUUUCCAGUUAGUACUGUGCACGCUACGUCUGCUGCCGCAAAUACAACGGACUCUAGUAUAUCUAGGGGAAUGGAUUCUCAAACGAGUGCAACACGUGGAACACAAAGCUCUGAUAAAACCAACUCAGGUUUUGUUAUUGAUACCACCUCCAGGUCGUAUGGUUACCCAAAUAGCACAUCCGGCAAUAUAGGAUCAGAUGUUUCUUCUACAUUUACGUCCAUAUCCAUUACCGAUACCGAUACGACGACUGAAUCAACAAUCUCUACGCCGAAAACAGGCCACAACGAAUCAACAACAGAGAAAACCUCGCUUCCAACUGAAAUACCAACUGAAAUACCAACUGAAAUACCAACCGAAACAGACGGCCCAUCAAGUGCUAGCACCGCCACCACUACUGAAAGCACCUCAUCUACCCACUCAUCUAGUUACCAUGGUUCUGCUACCUCGCCAAAAACUAGUUUAUGGAAUGCGUGUAUCGGUAUCCUAGUUAUUCUGCUCCAGUAA